AUGACCCAAUUCGAGCGCGUGCCCCCCACAGGAUUGGCGUCACCGGCUGAUGCGCUGAUGUCCCUCAAAGUCCUCGUCAGCCGCAACUUGCCCUCGGCCGGUCAAAAGGUACUCCUGUCCAGAGCUGACAAGCUAGAGAUUGUACAAUGGCGCGAGGACAAGCCUGCGCCGCGCUCCUGGAUGCUCGAACACGCCCAAGGAGCUGCAGGGCUGCUCGUCACCCUGUCAGACAAAGUGGACGAAGAGCUCCUCUCUGCAGCCGGUGACGCUUGCAGAGUCGUCUCGACGUUCAGUGCGGGCUACGAUCACAUUGACUUGGCAAGUCUCAGGAGCAGAAACGUGAGACUGGGCUACACGCCGGAUUGUCUGACGGAUGCAGUGGCCGAUAUCACCGUUAUGCUCGCUCUCAUGGCUCAGAGACUGGGCAGAGAGUCGAUCGAUCUCGUUGCUCGGUCUCAGUGGCCAUCACAACCUUGGCACCCGCUCUUACUCUGCGGCCAGAACUUGAGAAACGCGACAGUUGGCUGCAUCGGGUUCGGACGGAUUGCUCAAGCGACCAUGGCUCGACUGAUCCCCUUUGGCAUUGCUCGCGUCAUCUACUGUACUUCCAAGCUUGGCCAGCCGGCAUCGGAAGACCUGUACGGGCUAAAGAGCAAAGUACAGACGGAACCGGCGCGCGAUCACGAUCAGUUGGCUCGAGAAUCGCACGUCCUCUUUGUCUGCUGCAGUCUGAACGACUCUACACGCAAUCUCGUCGAUAGUGCGUUCCUGAGCAAGAUGUCAAAGACUGCUUGUCUCGUCAAUACAUCACGAGGACCUAUCGUGUCAAACGAUGCACUGGCAGACGCACUAGACAAGGGUCAAAUCUGGGGCGCAGGCUUGGACGUCAUCGCGGGCGAACCCGACAUUUCUGGCGACGACAGGUUGGCGCGACACCCGCGUUGCGUCUUGCUGCCGCACAUUGGCAGUGCCGACUUUGACACACGUCACGAGAUGGCCAGGAUCUCGGCAGAGAAUCUCUUGGCUGGACUUGGACUCGGGUCAGACGAGCAGCAUCCGACGCGAAUGCUCAACGAAAAGCCGCUGUGA